AAUUGAACACAUGAAGAUGACAAUUUACAACACCAUAUUCUUCGGUGUAUGGCCUCUAGUUUUUGACCAGAAGCCGCUAUACAGAAAGAUUUACAACAUCUACUCUUGGUUUAUAUUUCUUAUAGCAUUUCUUUACGUCACCACAGAGUACAUAGAGUUAUAUCUCAUGAUAAAAAAAAAUUUGGACAUGAUCAACUUUACCAAAUCAGCUGUCCUAGCUUCGACUUACACCAUGGGGCUCAUGCGAGUCCAGGCUGUGAGUACUAAAAGCGUUCAAGAGUUGAUAAAGAGAAUUCAUGUACGAGAAAGACAGAUAUUUGAGUCUGAGGAUGAAGGUAUCACUAAAAUUUACAAGGAGCGUUCAAGGAUUAAUAACAAGUUUAAUUUUUACUAUAUGAUGGUUAACUAUUGGGAUACCAUUGUCUACUUGUACAUUAUAUUUCCUCUAUUUUAUCCAUACCAAGAGAUCUACGAUCCUGCCACAAACCAAACCAAACUACACAAAGAUUUGCCAAUUAGCUCAUGGAUGCCCUUUGACGUGGAUGAAAACUAUUACAAUGCACUUCUAUGGGAAGAUAUCGCUGCCACGUGCUGUGCAGUCUACAAUUAUGGAACCGAUAUCUUCUUUUUCAGCUUUAUUAGUUAUGUUAUGGGACAACUGGACAUUCUUAAUUAUAUUAUUUUGAAUUUUGAGAGUUAUAAGGAGAAAAUUAAGGAUCAAAUUGAGUGUGAUGACGAAAAAGCUGAGUUUGUAACCAUGCAGCUUUGCAUAAAAGAACAUCAAAGGCUAAUGGGUUUUGUUAAUGAUUAUAAUAAUGCUAUGAGGAGUGUCAUGUUACGAGAUUUUCUACAGAGUUCUUUACAAAUAGCAUUGUUGUGUCUUUACGUACUGUUUGAGGUAGACAUGCUAGCCAUGACAGCUGGAGUAGGAUUUGGUUUUAUUCUUUUAUGCAGAUUAGGAGUUUACUACUGGUAUGCUAACGAAGUCAUGAUGAAGAGCUUUGACUUGGUAGAUGCAAUAUAUACAGUAAAAUGGUAUGAAAAAUCACCAAGGACAAAGUCGCUAGUGAAUAUUUUCAUGCUCAAAUGUAAUCAGAGAGCAGGGCUGCAAAUAGGAACGCUGACAGUGAUGUCUUGGAACAUAUUCUUUGGAAUACUCAAAUCAGCGUAUUCGUUUAUGACAUUUGUAUGGCAGAAAUAGACAACAGAAUAAUAUAUCACUAUAUAUGUAUGUAUAUUUUUGACGUUACUAGACGUGUAACUAAAAAUAAAGUCACGGAACAAAUUAUAUGUA